UGCAGGUGAUUUUCCGGCUGUAUCACUGCUGUCAGAUUCAGGUUUAGAUCAGUUAAAGGAGAAAAUGGCCAAAGUGGAGCUGACCCCGCUCAGGCCGUGGGAUGACUUCUUCCCCGGCGGUGACAGAUUCGCCAAACCAGACUUUAAAGACCUGGCCAAGUGGAAUAACAGAGUUGUCAGCAACUUGCUUUAUUAUCAGACUAAUUACUUGGCAUUGGCCGUCGUUGUUUUCCUGGUUGUCGGGUUCCUGAACCCUCUGGGGAUGUUCACAGCUAUGGCCGUGGUGUCGGCCGUCUUCCUGGGUUCGGUGUGGGCGGGGGAGAACCGAGCCGUCAUCAACAACUUUAAGAGGCAGAACCCCACAGCGUUUGUGAUGGCUGUCAUGGUCGCCAGCUACUUCGUAAUAUCUAUGCUGGGGAGCGUCAUGGUGUUCAUGACGGCAAUUACUUUACCUCUAGCUUUGAUAUUUGCACACUCUUCAUUUCGCCUCCGCAACAUGAAGAAUAAACUGGAAAACAAGAUAGAAGGUGCUGGAUUGAAGAAGUCACCAAUGGGUAUUUUGCUGGAAGCUCUGGGUCAGCAAGAGGAGAACUUUCAAAAGAUCCAGAGCUUCCUGGAGGGCAAACUGAAGGAGUGAUUGCAAUCGAGCCAAAGAUCUUGACUUUCUCGGAUGUGACGAAAUUCAGUAUGCCUGUCUAAACCUCUUUAAAAAAAAGUUUGUUUCAUAUACGGUGUAUACACAGGUGUGUAUUUUUGAAGUGAAGCAAGCGAUAAGCUUAUCUGAAGGGCUUUAUCAGAUACCUCAGGGUAUAUAUGUCACUCCACCCAGAACUUGUCAAGGCACUUUUCUCUGACACGGUGAGGGCAUCUCAGCUCUGGCUCACACCGCUGCUAUGCAACGUUUCAGUGUUCCUGCUCAACACAGCUGCACACUCCUUUCUAGGUUCAAAAUCUGUAUUUAAUGAGUCUCAGAAACAGCCAUCAAUCCUGCCAGCUUACUCUCAGCUACAAUUAUGGAAGCCACGCUUUUUAUAUAACAAAGAAUAAAAAGUGCACACUCAACAAACAUCACAGCCAAGGUACUCCAAUUGUUCUCUCUGAAUGGUUUUAUGCUUUUGAAUAAUGUUUCCCUAUCGUAAAAUGUAAUGGUUUACUUAAGCAUCCAUUUGAAUAGAAACCAACCUACUAUAUUUUCAUGCAAAUAAAAGAAGACUUGGACUAA